CUCUCGGCGGCUGUUGGUAGUGUAUGGCAUUCGUGCCAUUACAGUUCUGAACGUUGACCAUUCAAGAUCUUGCCUCUUUUUUGCAUGUUAAUCGAUCAGUGGCUUUGUUUUUUCAUCAGUUAAUUGAAUCGAUUUUUGUUAUGAAUACGAACAAACCAUUGGGUUCCGGUGACGGGAAGACGCCGUACCAGGGGAGCUCCCGUUGUUUCGGCGAGUACCGGUGUCCGAAGUGUCGCCGCGUUUGGAUGUCGAGCAACAGCUGGGCCAACAUGGGCCAAGAAUGUCAGAGUUGCAAAAUCAACGUCUACCCGCACAAGCAGAAGCCCUUGCAGAAACCGGAGGGCCUCGACAAGUCCGACUUGAACAAAGCUCAUCCCCAAGAGCUCUGUGAGAAGUGUAAGCAGUUGGGUCACUACUGCCGUCAACGGUACUACAAACGCUGGUGAGCGUGUAAACAGACCGGUGAGUCGUCACUGACAUCCCUCGAAAAUUUCGUCAAAUGUGAGGGGGAACCUGCAAAUGUGUGGAAAAAGAGUGAGGGUGACGAAAUGUUUUUUUUCCCCUUGGGGGUGGGAGGGGAAUAACUAAAUUUUCAGCACAACGUAAACUACCUGGGAGAAGGAAUAAUUAGCUCCAAUCGAAAGUAUAUUAAAAACUUCAUUUUUAAAUCCUCCGUUCUCAAUAGCAUAAUUUUUUUA